ACUUGCUUCUGACACAACUGUGUUCACGAGCAACCUCAAACAGACACCAUGGUGCAUCUGACUCCUGAGGAGAAGACUGCCGUUACCACCCUGUGGGGCAAGGUGAACGUGGAUGAAGUUGGUGGUGAGGCCCUGGGCAGGUUGGUAUCAAGGUUACAAGACAUGCUUAAGGAGGCAAAUAGAAGUUGGGCAUGUGGAGAUAGAGAAGACUCUUGGGCUUCUGAUAGGCACUGACUCUCUCUGCCUAUUGGGCUAUUUUCCCACCCUUAGGCUGCUGGUGGUCUACCCUUGGACCCAGAGGUUCUUUGAUUCCUUUGGGGAUCUGUCCUCUCCUGAUGCUGUUAUGGGCAACCCUAAGGUGAAGGCUCAUGGCAAGAAAGUGCUUGGUGCCUUUAGUGAUGGCCUGAAUCACCUGGACAACCUCAAGGGCACCUUUGCCCAACUCAGUGAGCUGCACUGUGACAAGCUGCAUGUGGAUCCUGAGAACUUCAAGCUCCUGGGCAACGUGCUGGUGUGUGUGCUGGCCCAUCACUUUGGCAAAGAAUUCACCCCGCAAGUGCAGGCUGCCUAUCAGAAAGUGGUGGCUGGUGUGGCUAAUGCCCUGGCCCACAAGUACCACUAAGCUCACUUUCUUGCUGUCCAAUUUCUACCAAAGGUUCCUUUGUUCCCAAAGUCCAACUACUGAACUGGGGGAUAUUAUGAAGGGCCUUGAGGAUCUGGAUUCUGCCUAAUAAAAAACAUUUAUUUUCAUUGCAA